AUGACAAACCCCUACUCCAACUCCCCACACAUAACCAAAGUCCCCCUCGAAACCAUCUCCAAACUCGCUCCCUUCUCCGGCCUCAUCCUCUCUAUAAUCCUAAUACUCUACUUCCUCAUCCGCUACUACCUCCUCGAACCCAUUAUGCUCCCCCGUCUUUACAAAUCAACCUUUACAAGCAUGCCCUUGGGCUCUCCUCUCCGUCUCGGCUUCAUAAACCAUCAUAUCGCCGGCCUUACUAAACUUCUCAUCCUGCUUCUCGCAGCCUAUCCAUUUAUUUCGGUGACUUUCCUAACGGCCUCUCUACAUACACCGUUUGCGAAAGGGAGUCAGGUAACAAUGGGUGAUAUUUUGAUAGUGGCGGCGCAAAUGUUGAUAGCGAUGUAUAUAUUUGAGUUAUUGUAUCGACCGAAGAUUAGUCCAGUGAGUGUGGGACAUCAUGUUGGAACUAUUUUGAUCGGACAGAGUGCUAUUGCUAUUAGUUUGGAUUUGGUCAAGGAAAGGGAUGCUACCAUUGAAUUUAUUCUGUGUACGGUUUGGGGAGCCUUCGACAUCAUCUCAGAAUUUCUCCCCCACCUGACCAUAAUUCUCUACCGCGUAUAUCCCACCUCUCACGCUUUCCUGCGUAAAAUCUUCCGCAUCGCCGCAAUCACAACCUUUACAGGUACAGUAGCCGAAACAAUCCUCACCAUGUUUCUCUUUGGUAGCUUGUGGGAUCGAUGGACUUUAGCGUUUAAAAUAACAACUCCAAUGUUGCAUAUAGUGUUCAUGGCGGCGCAAUUGUGGGGGACGUGGAAUUUUGUGGGGUUGUAUAGGAGGCAGGGUGUUUUGAUGGGGGAGAUGGAGAAGAGAGGUGGAGAGGCGGGGUUAGAGAUGGCGAUAGGGAUGGGGAUGGGGGAGGAGAGAGGGAGUGUGAGUGAGGUGGAGGGAGAAAGGGAAAUGGAAUAUGGUGGGAUUGGGAGGAGGGUGACGGCGACAAGAGUUGGUUCGGGAGAAUAG